AAGACAGUGUUCCUGAUGUGAAGCUAGAUUAGCUGAGACACCAAGGAGGACUCUUGAGAUUCCUCUAAAACUAAAAUGUUGGGACAGAGGCAUGUGGAAACCAGCAAUCCAGUUUCACGUCCACAUCUAUCAGAUGGUUUGAUGGACCGUGAGAAAACCGGAGCUGCCCUGUUGCUGUCCGGAGUCUUUCUGGCGAUGGUGGGUGUUACCUUUAUGGCCAUGGGCUGGCAUCACUACCAAGCCCUUCUCAGCUUCCAGGGGACCCAACUUCUGGGCCCCUUCCUGAUCUCAGUCGGAGGUACCUUCAUGCUCACCAGCGUCUGCAGGUUUAAUUCGGUGUCCUGUUGGCCUCGCAGGCGACAGGAGGAAGAGGUAUAUGUUGUUCCUGUGCGGGAACAAAACUCAAGAGGUCACCCGGUUGUGGUUCAGUCCAUAAAUCAGCCGGUGAUGUUACAGGGCACCGUAACAAGGCUGUGUAUCCCACCUGCUUAUGACUUCGUGACCCAGGAAGCACAACCACAAGACGGUCCUCGGCCCGGAAGCUCUGUGAGUGGCGGCAACGCAGACCUUCUGCCUUCGUACGAAUCUCUGUACCACUCGGACAACGCAACGUUUGCGGCAGAAGACCGUGCACCGCACAGCGCAGAGGCAGGUCACAGAAGCAGAGCACCGAAGACGGAAAGCGAAAGAGGACGCCUUGAACGGGACGGGUCCACCUGUUCUAAACAACCACCUGCGUACGAAGACGUUCGCCCUUCACCUCCCAAACACGAUUCGGCUUAAAUGUCGGAGCAUCCGGUGGGCGACGUCAAAGCUUACGCUGACGACGUUGUUCCUUUUUCUUCUGGCAGGCUAAAAAAAAAAAGAAAAAAAAGAAAAGAAAUCGAUUCUCUGCUGUGUGUCACGUCUUGUCAAUAAAACAUUUGUGGAGUGUC